AUGGUGGCUAAUGGAGAAAGUUUUAGUUCAGAAUCAAGCUUGCCUAUCCUCAAGAAGCUCAGUCUCAAUGAACUACUGAAUGUGCAGCAUGACGUGACAGUGUUAAUAGCGAAGCGUGUUCGAACAUUGCAAAGUAGAAGCAGUUGUAUACUCGAAGGACCUAACAGUAAACUAAGUGAGAGUCUGGGUUACCAAAAAAAUGUUCCCCUGCAGUCUUCGCAGUUGUCAGUGGAGGCGAUGGAGCAAGAUUCCCAGGAUUUCAUACUUACGCAAUUUGACGAGGACAUAAAGAAAGGAUUUACAGACACAAAAAUGCAUCACCAUAAUGAAUAUGAACCUGAUACCCAAUUAUCAGUGGUCACUAUAUCACCUAACAAGCAUAAGCGAAAAAUAUCCGAGUUUAGUUCACCUUUAAAUGGGCCCGAUUUAGAAGAUUGCUCUGAUACCAUAAUCCAUGAAUUAGGCCACGAUAAAGAGAACAAAACUAGAAGGUUAUUGGAAGUUAAGAUAGAGAAGCCUGAAUUUACAUCGCCAAAUUUAUUUAAGCAAGAGGAAGACAACUCUCUAGUCGACUUUAACACGAACCCUCUGACAAAGCGAGCUUGGAUUCUCGAAGACUUUAGGCCAAAUGAAAAUACAGCUCCAGUCAAGAGGGGAAGAAGAAAGCUUGAACGGUUUUAUGCUCAAGUCGGCAAGCCUGAAGACCCAAAGCAUAAAUCGCUGUCAACAGUGAUGGAAUCGCAGAACUCAGAUUUUGAACUCGCAUUCGACAAUUUGAGAAAUAGAUCAAAGUCCCCGCCAGGUUUUGGUAGACUAGACUUCCCCUCCACGCAGGAAGGGAAUGAGGACAAGAAAAAGUCUCAGGAAAUCAUUAGAAAAAAAACUAAACAUAGGUUUUUAAUGGCAAUUAAUGGCAAAAUCCCACCAUAUGAGAGAGAAUACGUCUUCAAAAAAGAAGAAUUGAAUCGAAUUGUCGACGACGGGGGUGUAUUUUGGAGUGAAAAAUUACUGCAAAUAUAUGCGAGAGUUUAA